GCCCGGGGGGUACGCGACGGCAGUGCAGCAGCGUACCAACAUGACCCAGCGCGAGGACGCGCUCAAGUUCGAGCAGGGCCGGAUCAAGGCGCUGCAGGAGGAGCGGCUCCACAUCCAGAAGAAGACAUUCACGAAAUGGAUCAACUCGUUUUUACAAAAGGCUCGAAUGGAGGUCGAGGACCUGUUCGUGGACCUGGCAGACGGGCGGCGACUUCUCAAGCUGCUGGAGAUCAUCAGCGGCGAGCGGUUGCCCAGGCCCAACUCUGGCCGGAUGAGGGUCCACAAGAUCGAGAACGUCAAUAAGUCGCUCAGCUUUCUACACACUAAGGUGCGCCUCGAGUCGAUCGGCGCUGAGGAUAUCGUGGAUGGCAAUCCUCGCCUCAUCCUCGGUCUGAUCUGGACCAUCAUCCUGCGUUUCCAGAUUCAGGAGAUCGAAAUUGAUGUUGACGAAGAAAACGAAUCAUCCGAGAAGAAAUCAGCUAAGGAUGCUCUGCUCUUAUGGUGUCAGCGUAAGACGAGUGGCUACCAUGGCGUACACAUACACAACUUUACAGACUCCUGGCGUUCGGGUCUCGGCUUCAACGCCCUCAUACACGCUCACAGACCUGACCUAUUCCGCUGGGCGGAACUACCAGUCAACGACCACGUGGAGACCCUCAACCAUGCCUUCGACGUGGCCCACAAUCACCUCGGUAUCCCGCGGCUGCUUGACGCUGAAGACGUUGACACAAGCCGACCGGACGAGAAGUCGGUGAUGACGUACGUGGCGAGCUACUACCACACGUUCGCGCGCAUGAAGAACGAGCAGAAGAGCGGCCGCAGGAUAGCCAAUAUAAUCGGUCAGCUGAUGGACUGCGACGGUCGCAAGGCUGAGUACGGCCGCCUGGUGUCCGCGCUGCUGGAGUGGAUCCGCCUCAAGAUCCAGGAGCUCAACUGCAGAGAUCUGCCCAACUCUCUGGACGGCAUACAGAGAUUACUGCUGGCCUUUAAACAGUACAGAACUGUGGAGAAGCCGCCCAAAUACAAGGAGCGUUCGGAAAUCGAAGCUCUGUACUUCCACAUCAACACGAUGCAGAAGAGCCUCGUGGGCGAACCCUGGGCGCCCCUCGAGGGUCAGCUGCCUCAAGACCUGGAGAGAGCCUGGCAACAGCUGGAACAGGCUGAACACGCUCGUGAGCUGGCUCUCAGGACUGAACUCUUGCGGCAGCAGAGACUUGAACAGCUGGCCUACAAGUUCCAUACAAAGUCGGUGCUCCGAAAAGGAUACUUGAAAGAAAUGAUCCAAGUGCUAUCUGAUCCGAGAUACGGCUCGAACUUGGCUCAAGUCGACGCAACGGUCAAGAAACACGAAGCCAUCUCCGCUGACAUAUUGGCUCGUACGGAGCGCUUCGAGGACCUAUCAGCCAUGGCCGCCGAGCUGGUGAAGGAAAAGUACCACGGCGCGGAGACGGUGUCUCGCACGGAGCAGGCCGUAUUACAGCGAUGGAAGGAACUGCUCGAGCUGCUCGAGCGGCACCGCGCCUCGCUGGCGCGGCUGGCGCACCUCAUGGCGCUGCUGCGGGAGGCGGAGGCGGUGGCGCACACCCUCAACGAGAUGAAGGCUCAAUUCCAAUCCGAAGAGGUUGGUCGCCAUCUAGUCGACGUAGAGCGACUCCUCCAGGCUCAUGCUCUACAAGAGUUACAGCUAGGAGCUCUAGACGAGAGUAUCAAACGUCUAGCACGUCAGCGCACAGCUGCUGGACCAGCUCCAGCUACUGCCCAGCUCCAUGAACAGCUGCAACGUCUGGAAGAUGAUUAUACAGGGCUGGUAGCCGCCGCUAAGGAUCGUAAGGCGAGGUUGGAAGACGCGAGGAACUUGUAUCAGUUCUUGGAAGAUCACGAUGAAGAGGAAGGCUGGGUGACGGAGCGUCAGCGAAUCUGCCGUGCUGACGUGGCUGCUAAAGACCUUCGAGCCGUCCUUGCGCUUAGGGCCAAGCACACAGCACUGCUCCAUGAACUGCGUGCCAGGGAUUUGGUCGCACAGCGCCACCGCGCCAAGGGGCAGAGCCUCAUAGACGCCAAGCACCCGAAGAGCGCGGAGAUCGAGCGGCGGCUGGCUUCGCUGGCGGCGCACUGGGACCUGCUGCGGCAGCUGGCCGACGCGCGGGACAAGCAGCUCGCAGACGCCGCGGAGGCGCACCAGUUCUACGGCGACGCCAACGAGGCGGAGUCGUGGAUGCGCGAGAAGCGCGCUCUGGUGGCCAGCGCGGACUGCGGCGCGGACGCGGCGGGCGCGGCGGCGCUGCUGGCGCGCCAGCGCGCGCUGCACGACGAGCUGCGCGCGCACCGCGCCGAGGUGGACGCGCUGGCCAACGCGGCGCGCGCGCUGCGGGCCCGCGGCAUCCACGAGCUGCAGCUACCCAUGGAGGUGGAAGCCAGUACUACCCUGGAGCCCGCCGAGCAGUGGGUGUCGGAGUCUCGGCUGGUGCCCACCGAGGUGUGGGAGGAGGAGCCCGUGGAGCGCCUGGAGCACCGCACCGUCACAGAGCAGCGCAGCGUGCCUCAGGUGAAAGCCCUUUACGCCUUCAGCGGGCAGGGCAUAUCGAUAGCGAAGGGCGAGGUGAUGUUCCUCAUCAGCAAGACAAACCCUGACUGGUGGUCGGUGCGUAAGGCCGACCGGACCGACGGAUUCGUGCCCGCCAACUACGUGCGGGAGAUCGAACCUCGGGUUGUGCCGGUGCAAGUCCGGCGGCCGGAGAAGGUGCGCACGGUGCAGCGCGUGAAGAAGACGGUGCUGGUGAAGCAGGUGGUGCAGGUGAAGCGCGGCGGCUCGCUCGCGCCGCAGAGGCGGGCGCGCGCCCAGCCGCCGCCCGCCCGCCUGCCGCCCGUGCAGGCGCGCAUGGACACCAUCUCCGCGGAGUACGAGGAGCUACUCAAGCUGUCUGAGGCGAGACGUCUCCAGCUCGAAGAUGCCAUCAAGCUGUACAGCUUCUUCGCCGAGUGUGACGACUUCGACAAGUGGAUCAAGGAAAAGGAAAAGAUGCUGCGCACUGAUGAUGGAGAGGACAGUGUGGACACUGCGAAGAGGAAAUAUGAAAAAUUCGUAACGGACCUGUCAGCUGCAUCCAAACGUCUGGAGAGCAUCGACGCUGCAGCGGAAGAGCUGGUGGCCGCCAAUCACAGUCAGGCGGCGCGGGCCACUGCCAGGAGACAGCAACUGCGUCAACAGUGGGAGCGGUUGUUGAGACUCAAGCAGCAGAAGGAGAAGAGUUUGGAGGGAGCGUCCAGCGUGGAGCUGUUCCAGCGCACGUGCGACGAGGCGCUGGCGUGGAUGGCGGAGAAGGAGCAGCAGCUGGCGGCGCCGGGCGCGGCCGCGGCCUCGGACCUGCGGACCGUGCGCGCGCUGCAGCGGCGCCACGCGCAGCUGGAGCGCGAGCUGCAGCCGCUGCGCGACAAGGUGCGCACCGUGGCGCUGCUGGCCGACGACGUGAAGUCCCAGUACCCGGCGGAGCGCGCCAACGUGGAGAGUCGCCAGCAGCAGCUGGAGGCGGCGUGGGGGCGCUGCCGCGCGCAGGCGCAGGAGCGCCGCGAGCGCCUCGAGAGCGCCGUCGGACGCCAGGUCUUCGCCAACGGCGCCUCGCAACUACGCGAUUGGCUACAGAAGGUUCGCGAGCAGGUGUCGCAGGAGGUCUACGCCAAGGACGUCGCGACUGCAGAGGCGCUGCUGAAACAGCAUCAAGAACUGCUGGAUGACAUCAAGGCACAUGAUGAUGAGUUCAAGGAGGUGAUAGGUCUGGGCAACCAGCUGGUGGGCAGCAACCCCGCGCUCACGGACGUGGCGGAGACCACGCGCCAGCUCGCUGCCGACCAGGAGGCUAUUGCUAAGGAAUGGAGCGCCAAAGAGCAGUACCUGCAACAGGUUCUACAACUACAGAGCUUCCAGCGCGAAGCAGACCAGAUCGACGCGUCCAGCGGAGCCCAUGAAGCUGUUCUGGAGUAUCAACACUGCGGGUCGUCGGUGGACGAAGCCGAGGCGCUUCUAAAGCGUCACGAGGAGCUGGAGGCGCGGUUGGCGGCGCAAGAUGAGCGCGCCGCGGCCUUCGCCUCGCGUGCCAGUGCGCUGCUGCAGGCCCGGCCCGCGCACUACGCCCGGGAGCGCAUCGAGGCGCGCUGCGCUGCCGUGCUCCAGAGACGCGACGUGGUGCGGCAGUCGGCCGCCGACCGCCGCCGCGCGCUGCUGGCCAGCCUGGCGCACCAGCAGUUCGUGGCCGCGUCUGAAGAGUUGCAGGCGUGGAUCGAGGACAAGACCAGAACAGCCACCGACCAGAGCUACAGGGACUUGACAAACUUGGAGCGAAAGCUGCAAAAGCACGAAGCUUUCGAGAGAGAACUGCAGGCGAAUGAGAAGCAACUUAGAAACGUCGAAAGUAUCGGCGAGUCCCUCCAGAAGUCGGACAGCGCCCGCGCAGGCGCGGUGGCGGAGCGGCUGGCGGCGCUGCGGGGGGCGUGGGCGGCGCUGCUGGCCGCCUCGCGGGACAAGGGCGGCAAGCUGCGGCAGGCCUCCCAGCAGCGGCUGCUGAGGCGGUCGGUGGAGGACGCCAAAGCUCGUCUAUUAGAGCUGGACCGAGCUCUGAGCAGCCAGGAGUUAGGAUCGGACCUGCGUUCCUGCAAGAGACUUCUGGUGCAGCACCAGGCGCUGGAGCAGGAGCUGGCGCAGUGCGAGCGGCGCGCCGAGGCGCUGGGCGCGCAGGGCGGCGACCUGGUCUCCGGCGGGCACUUCGACGCGCCCGCCAUCGAGCGGGACUGCGCCGCGCUGCGCAGCGCUGCGGCGGCGCUGCGGCCUCGCGCGGUGCAGCGCCGCGCAGCGCUGGAGGGCAGUCUGAGACUACACAAGUUCGCAGCCGAGGUAGUCGGCGAACUGGCGUGGGUGUCGGAGCGAUCCGCUGCAGCAUCCUCAUCCGUGAUGCCCAGCGACCUUCUAGCAGCUCAGGCUGCGGUUAAGAAGCAUGCGAAGUUACGGGCAGAACUUGAGGGCAGAGGGCCCUUGAUACUGCGCGUGUUGGAGAGGGGGAAGGAUCUGAAGGAGGAUCCAACUGCGCAGACGCAUCCUCAGGCUGAUAAGAUCAAAGAACUAUGCAAGCAACUUGAAGAAGAAUACACAGCAGUAUCUCGAGGUGCAGAAGAACGGGCCGUCCGCUUAGAAGCAGCUUUAAAAGCUCAGCAAUUCCUCCACGAGGCCCUGGAGGUGGACUCCUGGCUCGCAGACAAGGCCACCGCACUCGCCUCUGCUGAUGUCGGCAACGAUAGACACAGAGCUACGCAACUAUUGACCAGACACAAGGCCGUGGAACUAGAGUUGGACACAUACGCGGCUAUCAUAGCGGAGAUGGGCCAUGUCGCCAACUCAAUGGCUACCAGUGGACAUCCAGAGGGCGAAGCCCUAGUGGAGCGACACGCCCAACUUUCGGAGAGCCUCGCAAGACUGCAGCGCCGCGCUGCCUUGCGACAGGCUGCGCUGGUGGAAAGUGUUUGCAGACACGAGUACCUGGCUGAGAGCGCGGAGCUGGAGAGCUGGAUCCAGGAGCAAUAUGCUGCUGCCUCCAGCGAGGACUUCGGCCAGGACUAUGAGCAUCUACUGAUCCUUCGAUCCAAAUUCGAAGAGCUCCGUCACCGGGUGGAGAGUGGGGCGGAGCGGUUCAACCAGUGCGAGGAGCUGGCCAAGAAACUCCUGGCUUCGGAGAGCCCCUACAUCGCUGAUAUCGAGAAGAGGCAGGAGGCCUUGGGCGAGUCGUGGCAGAAGCUGGUGGACCAGAUCCAGUCGCGCGGCGGGCGGCUGCACGCGGCGGGCGAGAUCCACCGCUUCCACCGCGACGCGGGCGAGCUGCUGGCGCGCGCGGCGGACCGGCGGGCGCGGCUCCAACCGGCGCCCGCGCCGCGCGACCUGCGCGCCGCCACCGCGCUGCUGCGCGACCACGACGCCGCCGAGAACGAGCUGGCGGCCAUCGACGCGCAGGUGCAGGUGUUGCAAGAGGAAGGAGCUCGCCUGCAGAAGCUGUGCCCCGGCGGCAAUGAAGCGCAGAUAGCGCUGCGGCAGCGCGCGCUGGCGGACGCCUGGCGGGCGCUGCGCAGCGCUGCGGACGAGCGGCGCCGCCUGCUGCACCAGCACCUGCAGCUGCACCAGUUCUUCUCGGAGGUGCGCGACCUGUCGAUGUGGUGCGCGGCCCUGCGCGGCGAGAUGUCCAACAGUGGGACCGCGCGCUCCGCCGCCGCGGCCCAGGCCCAGCGAGCUCACCACGACGCCCUCAGAGCAGAGAUCGACGCGAGAGACGACAGCUUCCGCGCCGCUCUGGACGCCGGGCAGCGCCUGGUGGCGUCCGGGCACCCGGCCGCGCAGGAGGUGGAGGAGCGCUGCACCGCGCUGCUGGAGGAGCGCGCGCGGCUGCAGGGCGCCUGGGCGGCGCGCCAGGUGGCGCUGGACCAGCUCAUCGACUGGCACUGCUUCCUGCGGGACGCCGGCGCCCUGCACGAGCUCUGCGCCGCGCAGGAGGCCGCGCUCAGCAGCGAGAUAUCGCCUACAAGCAGCGUGGAAGAGGUGGACAACCAGCUCAAGAAGCACGAGGCUUUUGAAAAGUUACUCGCAACUCAGGAUGAGAAACUAACGACCCUGAACAGUCACGGCGACAAGUUGCUACAGCAGAACCACGUGGAGAGCCAGCGCAUCGCCGACGAACUGCUGAACAUUAACGAGAGGAGGAAGAAGCUGUAUGAAGCGGCAGCGGCGCGGCGCGAGGCCCUCCACCGGGCGCGUGCGCGUGCGCAGUUCCAGCGCGACGCGGCCGAAGCUCGCGGCUGGGUGGCCGACAAACUGGCGCAGCUGCCUGCUCACCACGGUGAAGUGACGAACCUCGAGGAUAAGAUUAAGAAACUCCAGAAGCACCAAGCGUUCACGGCUGAACUGGCCGCUAAUAAGGCUCGUCUCCAGGAGAUAGAGAACCUAGCAGCGCAGCUCAUUCCGGACCCCGAGGUGGAGAAGGAGCUGAAACAGCUUCAUCAGGACUGGGAGACCCUGGAGACGGCUACGGAACAGAGAGGCCGAGGAUUGGAGGAGGCCCAGGAUAUUCUAGAGUUCAACCAGCACCUGGACAAGAUUGAGGCCUGGAUCAGAGACAAGGAGAUGAUGGUGCAAGCCAACGAGACGGGCAGAGACUACGAGCACUGUGAAGCGCUGCUGAGAAAACUAGACGACCUGGACAGCGAUAUGAAGGUGGAUGACAAACACGUGCGCACCAUACAGGCCCUGGCCACCAAGUUGCUACAGCAGGGUCCAACGCAGCAGGCCGAGGUGGUGAGCGCCCGCCGCGACGCCUUCCUGUCCAAGUGGCGCGCGCUCAGCGGCGCGCUGCAGGCCUACCGGGAGCGUCUGGCCGCCGCGCUGCAGCUGCACUCCUUCAACAGGGACGUGCAGGAGACGCAGUCGCGCGUGGCGCGCAAGGCGGCGCAGUUCACGCGCGCGGAGUGCGGGCGCGACCUGGGCGCGGCGCAGGAGCUGCGGCGCCGGCACGAGGCGCGCGCCGCCGAGGCGUCCGCCGUGGCCGGCCGCGUGGCCGACCUGCGCGCCGCGGCCGCGCGCCUGGCCGACAGUCACCCUGACAAGAAAGGUGAGAUCGAAGCUAGUCUGUCAGAGCUGGAUGCGGCAUGGGACAGGCUGCAGCAGCUCGCAGCUCAGAGGACCAAGAUGCUGGAUGAAGCCAUCGCACAGCACAAAUUCGAGGAAAACCUUAAGGAAUUGGAGUUGUGGGUGUCGGAGACGGUGAAGCGCAUGGAUGGCGCGGAGCCUGAAAGCGUCGCUGAUGCUGAGGCGCAACUUGAACAGCAUCAUGAGAGAAAGGCCGAAAUCGACGGUCGCCAGAAGGUGAUCGCGACACUGCUGAAGGAAGCGGAGCAGGCCGGUGACGCUGAAAAGCAGAAGAGAGUUGAGAAGCUAUCACAGACCCUGGAUCAGGCCUGGCUGCAGAGGAAGCAGUACCUCACUCAGGCUCACGAGCUCCAGCUGCUGAAGGAGCAAGCGCGGUUGGUGGAGGAUUGGCUGGCUGCAAAGGAGGCCUUCCUGAACAAUGAUGACCUCGGAGAGAAUCUUGACGCGGUGGAGACGCUGCUCCGCAAGCACGCGGAGUUCAGCAAGCUGCUGGAGUCGCAGGCGGGACGAGUGGCCGAGCUGGAGAGGUUCGCGGCCGCCGCGCUGCAGGGCGGCCACCACCACCGGCGCUACAUCGAGAACAGGGUGGGCGAGGCCAGGGCCCGGGCCGACAGGCUCAAGGAGCGCUGCAAGGCCCGAGGUCUGAAGCUGGAGCAGUCGAAGCAACUGCACCAGUUCUUACGAGAUCUGAAUCACGAGCGCGAGUGGAUCGAACUCAAGAUGCAGAUAGCCACCGACACCAACUACAGAGAGCUUUCAAACUUACAAAGCAAGAUCCAAAAGCACGCGGCUUUCGAGUCGGAGCUCGCGGCUAACAAAAAGCGUAUUGAUGACGUCGCUGCCACCGGAGAAGAUCUGAUUGAAGCGAAGCACUACGCCUCCCAAGAGAUCGCGAAACACGUCGAGGACCUCGAGAACCUGUGGAGAGAUCUCAUGUCCGCUGCAAAGCUGCGUCGCGAGCGACUCCAGGAGGCGUACCAGGCGCGCGUGUAUCUGCGGGGCCUGGACGACUUCACCGCCUGGCUGGACGACGUGGAGGCGCAGCUGCUGAGUGAGGACCACGGCAAGGACCUGUCCUCGGUCCAAGCGCUGCUCAAACGCCACACGCGCCUGGAGGCAGCGGUCGCCGCGAAGGCCGACACCGCCACACAACUGGCCGACACGGCGCAACAGCUGGCCGACAACCACCACUUCAUGGCCGACGAGAUCCUGGAGAAGGCCGACCAGGCCGUCAAACGCUACCGUCAACUACAGGAGCCAAUGCAGAUACGUCGUGACAACCUGGAGGAUGCGGCGCUUCUGCACCGCUGGGAGAGAGACGCUGAUGAGGAGUUCAGCUGGUUGUCGGAGCGCGCGGGCGCCGGCGUGUGGGACGAGAGCGGGGCUUCGCUGGCGGACGCGCAGGCGCUGCUCAAGAAGCACCUGGCGCUGGAGGCCGAGCUCAUCGGCAGAGAGGCAUCGAUAUCAGCGGUAUGCGCACGCGCAACCGCACUAGCAAGACGAGGACACUUCGCCGGAUCAGAGCUGGAGGCUCGAGCUCGAGACCUUCGGACAGCACAGCGUACACUGCUGGACAGAGCAGCGCAGCGCAGCAUUGACUUGAGGGAACGCUGUGAACUACUGCAACUUCUGACAGAGAUUCGGGAGGCGGGUGUAUGGUUAUCGGAGAGGCGUAACGCCCUAACAGCUGGAGAGGCGGGUCGUGAUGAGGAGUCGGUUCUGGCGCUGAUGAGGCGCCUUGACGCUCAGCAGCGGGAGCUAAACGCCUUCCUGCCCACUCUGACGCGUCUGGAACGCACGCUACAGGAACGCACCCACGAAGACGAGGAGGUCCGCAAGAAGCUGGAUGAGCUGAAAGCAAGCUACGAAGAAACUAAGCUCAUGUCGGCGAAGAGAGAACAGCGCCUGCAGCAGAGCUUGAAGUACUUCAAGUUCGUCCAAGAGUUCGAGGAGGUCCAGGAAUGGAUCAGCGAGCAGAUGUCCACCGCCGCCAGCGAAGAGUACGGCCUGGACGUGGAGCACGUAGAGACGUUACAGCAGGCCUUCGACAAUUUCCUCACGCAGCUGCACGCCAACGAGGGUCGCAUCGAAGCAGUGUGCGAAGCUGGCAACGCUCUUCUAGAGGAGAACACUCCAGAGGCGGACAAGGUUAAGCAGAGGAUCGAGGACAUCAGGGGUCUCUGGGACGACCUUAAGGAAUUGGCGAUUGCUAGACAGGAGGCGCUGGCUGGUGCUCGACAAGUGCACGAGUUCGACCGCUCUGCUGAGGAGACUCUAGCCUGGGUGGCGGAAAAGGAAGCGGCGCUACAGUUACCGCGUGCCCUUCACCAGCUCCGGGCGCUGCGGGCCGACCUGCGUGCUAUCCGGGACCAGCACGAGACCCUGGCGCAGGAGGCUGAACGAUUGGGUGCAGCAUUCCCAGACGCGAAGGAGCACGUACUCGCCAAGUUAGAAGAUGUGACCGAAUCUUUAGCAGCGUUAGAAGAACGAGCUGCCCACAAUGAACACCAACUCGAACUCGCUGAUCAACUGCAGGCGUACUUCGACAAGUACCAGGAGCUCAUGGCUUGGACUAACGAGACCCUCGCGAAGGUAACGGCGCCAGAGUUGAGCGCGGAUGUGGCCGGCGCUGAAGGGCUGGUGGCGCGGCACCAGGACAUCGCGGCGGAGAUGGACGCCAAGGAGGAGAGCUUCCAGACCUUCUAUUCGGAUGGCGAGAAGCUCGUGCGCGAGGGCCACUUCAUGUCGGCGGAGGUGGGCGCGCGCGUGUCGUCGCUGCGCGCGCGGCGCGAGGCGCUGGGCGGCGUGUGGGCGGCGCGCGCGCGCAUCUACGAGCUGCACCUGGACGCGCUGCUGUUCCUGCGGGACGCCGCCGCGCUCGACCGCUGGAUCUCCGCCAGAAUUCCCCUGGUCCGCGACGGCAAGCUAGGGGAGAGCUUGGCGCAGACGGAGGAGCUCAUCAACAGACAUCGCGACCUGGAAGAGACGAUCGACGCCCAGAAGGAGAAGUUCCAGGCCCUCAAGAGGAUCACGCUGAUCGAGAAAGCGUUCAAAGAGCAGCAGAGCUCGGAGGAAGAGGCGCGCAAGAGGCACGCAGAGAGGCAGGAGGCGGAGCGCCUGCAGCAGGUCAAGCGCCGGGAGAUGGAGCGGAUCACGGAGGAGAGGAGGCGGGAGGGGGGGCUGCGGGAGGGGGGGCUGCGGGAGCGCCCGGAGACGCGCCCGCCGCUGGUGAAGGAGACCCUCAGUCCGGCUCCGCAGUUCGAGAGACUGCCCAAACCGGACCCCAACGUGAAGAGAGCGGAGAGCAUGAGUGUGGUAAAGACACCGAAGCGCACGCCAUCGUUCACGACCCGACGCCGAACCCAGAGCUUCCGCAGACACAAGCGACCCGACGACCUGCCGCCCGUGGAGAUCGAGGGGUACCUGGAGCGCAAGCAGGAGGCGGGCUGCGGCGGCAAGCGCGCCACGGUGCGCUCGUGGCGCGCCUACUACACCGUGCUGUGCGGACAGCUGCUGUGCUUCUUCCGCGACGAGCUGGACUUCGCCAGCAGCAAGGCGGCCGCGCCGCCCGUCGCCAUCAUGAACGCGCGCUGCUCCGCGGCCGGCGACUACACCAAGCGCGCGCACGUGUUCCGGCUGGCGUGCGCGGACGGCGCCGAGUACCUGUUCGCGGCGGGCGGGCGCGAGCUCAUGCGCGACUGGGUCGCCAAGGUCGCCUUCCACGCGCAGCUGCCGCCCCAGCUGCAGCUCACGCCCUACGCGCCGCCCACGGACCCGCCCACCGCCGACUCGCCCACCGCCGCCGUCCGCAGGCGGCUGCAGCAGAACGCGUCAUCAUCAUCAUCAGCGGCCUCGUCACCAGAGCCUCAGCGUCGGCCUCGCACGCAGGCUGAGAUACUCCAGGAGCACCGGAACAGCCAGCGAGCCUCCGCCACGCCUGACAGACAGACUGACAAACCGGCAGACGCGCCGGCAGACAAGCAGGAGGAUAAAACCACGGAGAGGAAAAUUGAGUCGUCAGUCCUACCAUCGCUGCCACCCCGACAGCCACCUCCGGCGGUGGAAGAUGAAGUUAUACUGAGAAAUUCCGAAGCAACUCAAAGUUGGGGCCGCUCGAGGUUCUCCAACGGACGGGACGUCAACAUGGAUUUUAUCAAGUCACAAAGAGAGACGGAAGGAGUCCCCCCACUCCCCACCUCAGGGCCCCCUGACCGCCCGCCCACGAUCCCCGAACGCGCGCCGAUGUUACCCGAGCGCGGGCCGAACAUACCCGAAAGGAUGGGCGACAGGAAUGCCAACCUGCCCGAUAGAUAUGACCGGUCAGACAGAAGCUCUUCAGAGAGGUCCAAUUACGACAAGAGCGACAAGUCGGUGACGGCACUGGUGAACAGCUAUCAGCAGAGGAUGGCUCGGAGUUACACUGAAAAGGAGCCAGCCAGAAGCUCGGGCUGGAACUACGAGCGGCAGAACAAUAACUGGCAGGCUUCGGACUCGUCGCAGUUCUACUCCGCGAGCGAACUCGCGUAUGGCGGCGGCAGCGGCAACAACACGAGACCCGCCUCCGUGGCCGGGAGUGGAGGGUCCCCCGCUCUGGACCAGAGGCCUGCCUCACGAUCGUCGGGAGAGUCAGAACUCUCAGUGGGGGGUACGAAGGAGAAGAAAGAUAAAAAGGGAGUCUUCGGAGGACUUUUCAGCAGGAAGAAGAGACCGCAGAGUCACAUGUAAACAUACGUUCAUAAUUGUAUAAUCAUGGACCAAUUUUUUUAAUAAAGAAUAAUUAUUCUUUUUUUUGUAAUGGCAACACAUUAGUGUCGCCAGUUAUGUUUUAAUGUAAUUUAUAAUUAAAAAAAAAUAUUUAUACACCUUGUCGUUUCGUGCCUUUGAUUUGUAGAUAUUUUGAAAGUUUUUUUUUAGUAUAUAAGUAAAGUGCCUUCGAAAUUGUCCAUUUGAAUAUUUAUGACCAGUCUUAUUCUGAAAUAUUGUAAUUUUUUUAACUUUUUUUUUUGUUUUUAAGUCACAAAUUGGCGUAAUAAAUGGCAGAUCUAAA